AUGGCUCUGCGCCUCCUCCUGCCACUGCUCCUGCUGGCCGCUACCCUCCUCAUCGCUCAGGCUCAAGGCAUUGGCAGCUCGGCCUUGGACUGCUGCCUGAAGAACAGCCAGAAAGUCAUCCCCAGCAGCUGGGUGAAGUCCUACAGCCUCCAGGGACCCAAGUCGGGAUGUUUACUGCAUGCUGUCGUGUUUACCAUCAAGAGGAACAAGAAAAUCUGAGCCUCUCCCACUGACCCCGUGGCCCUGCCUGGGGUCUGCCACCAUCUUGAGAGCGGAGAGGAAGUGGAGAAAUGGCUGGUGGGCGAUAGGGACUCCCACCCUUCCUGCCUCAGGGUCUUCCCCAGUUCCAGCAAUCCCUUGGCACCCACCCUGUCCUAG